AUGCGCAAAAAAUUGCUACGUAAUGAAUACGAGUUUUACGGCGAGAUGAGGCUGACUUCUUGCACUUUGAUUAACAAGACCAGCCAACGAAAAAUAUUUAUUUUUCUUUUCUUUAAGCUUCCAUCUCUCGGUGUUAUCACGGCAUUCGAUCCCAGCCUUGCCAUGAAUCCUAUGAUGGCCGACAACCCACCCGAGAGAAAGUGUCAAGGAGCAGACUGUGAAAAUGAUGCUGGAGCUUUACAGUGCCCGACAUGUCUGAAGUUAGGCUUCAAAGACAGCUAUUUCUGCUCCCAAGAAUGUUUCAAAAAGAACUGGGUUUUUACCGGACUUUACAAUCCUUUCCCAACUUAUUUCUUCACCGGCUCUGUCCGACCUGUCUAUCCACUUUCUCCGAAACGCACCGUUCCCAAGUCGAUCAGACACCCUGACUGGGCUGUGACUGGCAUACCCAAGGGCGAGCGACGUUUGAGCAGGACAAAAAUCGAUCUUCUCGAUGCCAAGGGCCAGGAGGCUAUGCGCAAGGUUUGCCGACUAGCUCGAGAAGUACUAGACAUCACUGCUGCAGAGCUCAGGCCCGGUAUUACCACGGACUACCUUGACGAGGUCUGCCACAAAGCUUGUGUAGAACGGAAUUCAUAUCCUUCUCCCUUGAACUAUAAUCACUUUCCUAAAUCGCUGUGCACUUCACCGAACGAAGUUGUUUGUCACGGAAUACCCGACCAGCGAGUCCUUCUCGAUGGUGAUAUCCUCAAUCUCGAUAUCUCAUUAUAUCACGGGGGCUAUCAUGCAGAUCUGAACGAAACGUAUUACGUGGGCGAUCGAGCCAAGGCGGACCCAGACUCGGUCAGGGUAGUUGAAACAACACGAGAAUGCCUGGAUAAGGCAAUUGAGCUAGUGAAGCCUGGCACGCCAAUCCGAGAGUUUGGUAAGGUCAUUGAGAAGCAUGCCAAGUCCAGAAACUGUAGUGUCAUUACAACCUGGGGUGGCCAUGGCAUCAACACUGAAUUCCAUCCCCCACCGUGGAUUCCUCAUUAUGGCAAGAACAAGGCAGUGGGAGUAUGCAAACCUGGCAUGACUUUUACAAUCGAGCCCAUCCUUACACUUGGAAAACCCCGUGAGGUCUAUUGGCCGGAUGACUGGACCAAUGUAACUGUUGAUGGCAAACGGACUGCUCAAUUUGAACACACCUUACUUGUCACAGAAACAGCUGUUGAGGUCUUGACCGCGAGACACGAAAAUUCUCCAGGGGGACCAAUACCGAUCCCAACGACUAUGCAUGGGACUACGAAUGAGGAAAAAGCUAAUGGUGCUUCAAACGCAUAG